AUGGCGAAGAAGCAGAAGCAAGGAGCCGAGGGCAUUAACUCUCGUUUGCAGCUCGUGAUGAAAAGUGGCAAAGUUUGUUUGGGGCUGAAGACUGCUGUGCAUUCCCUCAGAACAGGAAAAGCAAAGCUGAUCAUCAUCAGCAACAACUGCCCCGCGCUGCGCAAGUCAGAGAUUGAGUACUACGCAAUGCUGGCCAAGUGUGGGGUGCACCAUUACCCCGGAGACAACAACGAGCUGGGGACUGCAUGCGGGAAGCUUUUCCGCGUGAGCUGUCUCUCUGUUACUGACCCUGGAGACAGCGACAUUAUCAGAUCAGUGGAGUAA